AUGUGUGAAACUCGUUGGGUUGAACGCCACGACAGCUUGUUACGGUUUAAAGAACUAUAUUUACCAAUAACUAACACAUUAAGGGAACUUGAACAGCAUCAUAAUUUAGAAACAUCAAAACUUGCAUUUCAACUUUCAAAAACUAUCACCUCAAGUUCGUUUGUAAUUUCAUUGUACAUUAUAGAAAAAAUAUUUGCUAUAACAUUGCCUUUAUGUAAAUCUUUACAACAAAUAAAUGUAGAUUUAUCUGAGUGUUGUCAAUAUGUCAAUAACUGUGUGAAAGUUAUUAAUUCAAUUCAUGAAAAUAGUGAGGGAGAAUUCCACAAAUUAUUUUUAGAUGUCGAAAAUGUAUUAAGCUUAGUAGAUGAAACGGUUAAAAUGCCACGAUUAAUUAGGCAAUCUACCUAUCGUAACAAUAUUCCGGCAGAUUCACCAGAACAGUAUUAUAGGAGAUCAAUUUUUUUGCCAUUUUUAGACUACUUCAAAAGUCAAUUAAUUGAAAGAUUUAUAAAACACAAUUACAUUAUUUCUGGGCUGCAAAAUUUGAUUCCAAGUUUUUUAAUUAAAUUAAAACCAAGUAGCAAUGAGUUUAAAAAAUGCAUUGAUUUUUACAAAAGCUUUUUACCGACUUAUGAAACUUUUGAAUCAGAAUUGAAGGUGUGGGUGGAAAAAUGGAAAUCAGUAUCCGAUAACGAACUUCCUAAAUCUGCAAUCGAUACUUUAGGCGUCAUGUCGAAAGACUUUUAUCCAAACAUUUGGUGUUUAAUAUCUAUACUUGCAACACUCCCGGUGUCCACUUCAUCUGCAGAACGUUCUUUUUCAACUUUAAGACGAUUAAAAACCUAUUUGAGGAAUAGCUGCAGUGAAGAUCGUCUAACAGGUUUAGCUUUAUUGUCAGUCCACCGAGGUAUCCAAAUAGAUAUUGAAGAAAUAAUCAAUACAUUUUCAAGAAUGCCACGUAAAGUUGACUUUGUUUUAUGA